CCCAAAUUUCUGUGCCUCUCUACCCUGAGAGUCACAUAUCUCUGUUCUUUAUUGAAAAAUCACUACAGAGACAUGGUGGUAGGCUCCUGCUAUGGUGCAUCAACGAGAGAAGAAGAAGAAGAAGAAGAAGAAGAAGAAGAGGAAGAACGUUUAUUUAGGAAUAACCCACCUAAUAUGAACUUAAAUUGAGAGUGAUGGUGAAACUAUUGUUAAAUUUUUAACUCUCAAUUUUGAGGUUCAUUUUAGGUGGGUUAUUCCUAAAUAGACGUUCGGCCGAUUAAGCUUAUUGAGCCGUUCCAAUUGUUUCCAGGGUUCAAUUCUAUGAAAUCAGGUACACAUCUAUUCAAAUACCUAGAGGAGGAAGGUAGAAAGAAUGAAAGCUCUUUGCCAAGCAUCCAAACAUACCAUUGACUGCGUGGAUGGCAAGCUCGUCUUACUAACAAAGUAUGAUGUGACUUAUCCAUCUGAGUGCAAGAAGUAUUUGUUUGAUGAACUUCCAACUCACAGAAAAUUUAAUGUCUUAGGCCCGGAAAGGGUCUUGAAGAUGAAAAGGAUAGAUUUUGGAGAAUAUAGCCUAAUUCCAUUCUACGAGGUUCCAUUGUUGAGGAUGUGCCUCGCCUUGAAAAAUUUUGUUAAAUUGUUGCGAAGAUGGCAGAAGAUAUGGACAAGAAGGGGGACCAAAAAGAAGAAAUUGAAGUCCCAUAGUGGGAUAGGCAGAGGCUUCGACAACUCGUAUUUUUGGGGAGUUGUAGAGAAAAAGCGAUUGAGGUUCUGAAUUAACCUCUGUACAUGAAUUACUUCCUUGUUGUUUUGUGUGUGGGAUUCAGACAAGUUAGUUUGGACUCUGUUUUGAAACAACUGAUUGUCCGAAUGUUUUCCUUUAUAGUUCUUUGUAUAAAACAGUCAAUAGACACAUGAUUACCGUCUAAUUUAACUUGCCCCCUUUAUAGAGGAAACCUUUACAAAACAUGGUUACUGUCUAUGAAAAGCUGUUCCUUUUUCAA